AUGUCUAUGGAACUAGACGUGUUUGUGGGGAACACGACCAUCAUGGACGAAGAGGUGUAUCAGCUAUGGCUGGAUGGUUACACAGUGUCUGAUGCCGUGAAGAUUCGGAUGGAGGGCGGUGUGCUGUCAGAGUGUGAGGCCACUUCAGAAGUUUUGCUCAGCGACACCAUGGACCAGUUCAGAACCUUCCAAAUGUGUGAACGACUCCUGCAAAGCCCAACAAAGUUAGCCAAUCAACUUCUGUUUCAGAUUCCUCCCCAGCGUCAAGCUAUGCUUAUCGAGAGGUACUAUGAGUUUGACAGUGUGUUUGCCAGAGAGGUUUUGGGGAAGAAGCUGUCUAAAGGGACCAAGAAGGAUUUGGAUGACAUCAGCUCAAAGACUGGGAUUGCACUGAAGAGCUGUAGACGACAGUUUGACAAUUUCAAGCGUGUCUUUAAAGUGGUGGAGGAGCUCCGAGGCCCCCUGGUGGAGAACAUACAGCAUCAUUUCCUGUUGUCAGAUGCCUUGGCCAGGGACUACGCUGCCAUUGUGUUCUUUGCUAACAGUCGUUUUGAGACGGGAAAGAGGAAGUUGCAGUAUUUGUCCUUUCAGGACUUUGCCUUCUGUGCAGGGCAACUCAUCAGCUACUGGACAGUAGGAGCAGUUGGUGAGACAACAUUGUGGAAGUCCAUCAUGAUGGAGGAUAUGGAUGUGGAACUGGAGAAAGAGUUCCUGCAUGACUUAAAGGACCUUAAAGUUUUGAUAAACGACAAAGAUAUGCUUGAUCAACACAAAAGUCUGGUAUGUGGACAGCUUAAGGGAAAAAUAAAAGUCUUCAACGAGAUGGAGGCCAACUUUAAGAAUCUCUCCAGAGCACUGGUUAACAUUGCUUCCAAACUCACACACACCAAAGACGUCCGUGACUUAUUCAUAGACCUCGUGGAAAAAUUUAUUGAGCCGUGUCGCUCAGAGAGAUGGACAGUCGGAGACCUUCGACUUUUUCUCACUCACUACAUCAGCUGUGCUCACACCCUUGACACGUUUAGACAUCAAAUAAUCUGGGACAGAUACAUGAGCGUCAUCAAGAGCUGCAUCCUGAAAAUGUACCACGAUUAA